AUGAAAAGCGUGACUAUGAGUACUGACGAAGUAAUAGCGGAAUUGAUUAGCAUGGGGUUCGAGUUCUCUGAUGUUGAUGAAGCUAUUAAGUCCGUAGGGCCAUCUCUGGAUUUGGCAGUUGAGUUUAUCUUGAAUGGCUCCUGUGGGAAGAGUGAUGGUUCAUUGAGCCGCGGUGCUGCGACCAUUUCCAGUAGCAGCAAAGGACCUCUUGGGAAGAGAACCUCCUCUUCCCUGCGUUCGCUUCCUAAAUUGCGACAAUCAAGCAUAACUGAUCUCUUACAAAGCCAAGGUAAGCUCAAACGGACAAAGAAGGAAGACAGACCUGUUUUGGAAGUACCAAAUGCUGGUGUGUUGUUCAGGAAUGAGGACAGACCAAAAGAGUCUCUUCUCCGUGAAGAAUCUAGUUCAUUGAAUUGUUUGGAAACUUCAUAUGUACGUCCGAUAUACAAAGGUUUAGAUGACAUUGGGUUAGAUUGGGAGCAGAAGGUGAACAGCAUACUGCAUAAACAUUUUGGAUAUUACUCCAUGAAACCUUUUCAGAAGGAGGCAUUGGCAGCUUGGUUAGCACAUAAAGAUUGCCUCGUUCUUGCAGCAACAGGAUCCGGAAAAUCUUUAUGUUUUCAAAUCCCAGCUCUCUUAACUGGGAAGGUAGUGGUUGUAAUUUCGCCAUUGAUAAGCUUGAUGCAUGAUCAGUGCUUGAAGCUAGCAAAUCAUGGUGUAUCAGCUUGCUUCCUUGGAUCUGGUCAAAUUGAUAAAAGUGUUGAACAGAAAGCCCUCAAUGGGAUGUAUGAGAUUAUUUAUGUCUGUCCAGAGACAGUACUAAGACUAAUAAAACCACUUCAGCAUCUUGCAGAAAGUCGUGGAAUAGCGCUCUUUGCGGUUGAUGAAGUGCAUUGUGUUUCUAAGUGGGGACAUGACUUUCGACCUGACUAUAGGCGAUUGUCUGUACUGAGAGAAAGUUUCCGCUCUGAGAAUCUUAAAUCCCUUAAGUUUGACAUACCACUGAUGGCUUUGACUGCGACUGCAACUAUUCGUGUUCGAGAUGACAUUCUCAAGUCUCUUUGCAUGUCAAAAGAUACAGAGAUCAUAAUCACUUCAUUUUUCAGGCCAAAUCUUCGUUUUUCAGUGAAGCACAGUAGAACAUCAUCUCCAUCUUCCUAUGAGCGAGAUUUUCAUGAUCUAAUAGAGACACACACAGGGAAGAAAAAUUUAGUCAAAAGGCAUCAUACAAACUUGAAUUCUAUGGAUGAUGCAUUCAACAAUAUGAGCGGAACGGGAAACUGCCGAGUGGAACCAGACACAGUUGAUUUUGAUGACAUGACAGAAACUGAUGAUGAAGCAGAACCUUCUUUGGAAGUUGGGUCUCCCAUUCCAAAGGAGAAAAUGUUAACUGUUGAAUAUCUAGAAGAUGAGUGCGACCUGUUCCAGAAUACGGACGAUUUAGAUGUUUCUUGUGGUGAAUUUUGUGGGCAAUUACCAUUGGAUCAACCCCCUGAUCCUGAGCAACCUAAUACUCAUCACCUAGAGAGCAAACCAGAAGAAAGGCUCAAACUUCAACUUGAACAACUAGGGGAAGGACCAACUAUCAUUUAUGUGCCUACCAGAAAAGAAACCUUAAGUAUAGCGAAGUUUCUGGUUAAAUUUGGUGUUAAGGCUGCUGCCUACAAUGCCAAGUUACCCAGAUCACAUCUGAGGCAAGUGCACAAGGACUUCCAAAACAAUGUCUUACAGGUUGUUGUUGCAACAAUUGCUUUUGGUAUGGGUAUUGACAAGUUGAAUGUUAGAAGAAUUAUCCAUUAUGGAUGGCCGCAGAGUUUAGAAGCGUACUACCAAGAAGCAGGUAGAGCUGGACGUGAUGGAAAAAUAGCAGAUUGUGUUCUAUUUGCAAAUCUAUCAAGAGCACCAUCACUUCUGCCAAGCAAGAGGAGUGAAGAACAGACAAAACAAGCUUAUAAGAUGCUAUCUGAUUGCUUCAGAUAUGGAAUGCGAACUGCUUCCUGUAGGGCAAAAAUGCUCGUGGAAUAUUUUGGAGAGGAGUUUAUGCCGGAGAAGUGUUUGCUGUGUGAUUUCUGUAUUAAAGGGCCUCCUGAGGUGCAGGAUUUGAAGAAGGAGGCUAUAAUUUUGAUGCAGGCUAUUGUAUCUAAUCAUGGACAACAUCGCUCUCAAGAUGUUUUAUACGGCGAUGAUGUUGCAGAAAGUUGUGGCAGACAACGUAGAUUUGCAGAGAAGCUGAACUUUAGGAAUCUUGUUAGUAAAAUAAGAGAGCAGCAUCCAGAGUUCAUUUCAAGUGAUCUUCUAUGGUGGCGAGGGCUUGCCCGUAUUUUAGAAGAUAAAGGUUUCAUCAGGGAAGGAGAUGACAAGACUCACGUUCAGAUAAAAUAUCCAGAAGCAACAGAGUCAGGAGUCCGAUUUGUGAGGUCUGAGAACCCAUCAUUUUAUGUUCAUCCAGAAGCAGACAUGGUAUUAUCCAUGUCAAGUUGCAAAUCUUAUUCGAGUUUUGCUGAAUGGGGAAAAGGUUGGGCUGACCCAGAGAUUCGUCGUCAAAGAUUAGAGGGAAGGAGACCAUGGAAAAAGUCAAAGAAAAGAAGGGGACGCAAGCAUCAAGCUGACAUGAAAACAGUUCGUGGAAGGUUGGCUGUGAAGCUUUCUAAAAAGAGAUGA